AUGCCUCGGGGGUUUCUUCCUCCUCGCAUCAGCACUAGCACCUCUUCCUCGUCUUCGUCUUCUUUCCCGUCUUCUACCUCUUCCUCUUCUACCUCCUCACCAAAGUCUCCUUCGUCUACGUCUUCGUCUUCACCGCCGAAGUCUCCUUCGUCCUCUCCUUCCUCGUACCCCACCUCCCGAAUACUAUCCAACCUCGGCUCACUCAUCUCGCACGCGUCGUCUCCGCCUCCGGGGUGGACGUAUUCUCCUAACUCCAACACCAACACCUCCAGCACUCACACUCACACCUCCUCUAACAUCGGAGGAAGUAGAAGUGAAAUCGGAGGAAUCGGAAUCGGAAUAAGAAGCGGAAGUGGAAUAGGAAAUGCCGAAUUCCGGCGACUCGCGGGGACGAUCCCGAGUAUCGUGCGACUCAGGGGAGAGUCGGUGGAGAAGAUGGCUUUUGAGCGGCGGGGGAAUAGGGAGGAUGGACUAGGAAUGGGUGGGGAAGGGGAAGGAGAAGCAGGAGAAGGAGGAGAAGGAGGAGGAGAACUAACCCUAGAACCUGGAACGUUCGUGGAACUCCGAAGAUCGACGACUGCGGUUAAUGCGGUUGUUUUGGCUGCGUCGUAUACUUCUUCGUAUUCCAAGAUCUCUUCUACCUCUUCUACCUCCUCUUCGUCUUCCAAGACCUCCCCGAGUUCCAAAACCUCUUCGACUCCGUCCAAGACCUCUUCAUCUACUAGUUCCAAGACCUCGAGAACUUCAGGCCUAACAUACCUCUCCCUAACAUCCACGGGAGAAGUAUGGCCGCACACGAAAGACGACGUGUAUUUCUCUGUACCGGGGGUGGUAGCGAGGGACGUGGUGAGGAUGUGUGGGGGGGAGGAUGAUGAUGAUGAUGUCCCGGAAAUAGCAACAACCAAACCCCAACUCCACGCCCGCGUUCUCGUGCUCAAAACCCUGCGCCAGAUCCAACGCGACGUCGAGGAUGCCAUGAACACACUGUUGAGUCGACAGGUGGACCUGUACGCCCUCACACGGGCCGUCAACCCGGAGGUCUGGGGCGAAACGACGCUGGGGGAGGUGGGGAGGGUGUUUGGGAGAAAGAAAACAGGGAAGAACGGAAACACGACGUUUGCACAGGUGUUUGCGGCGCACAAGUAUAUCGUGGCGAAUCCGAGGUGGUUUGUGCUUGCGCAUGAUUAUGCGACGAGUAGGAGGAUUAGGGUGCGUCCUAAGGGGGACGUGGAGAGGUUAAAGUGGGUGGAGGGGGUGGUUAGAGACCACGGUCAUGAGAUGGAUGAAUUCAUCUCGCUUUGUCAAUCAAUAAUCUCUACCUCCCCUCCUCACCUCCUUUCUCCCCCUCUCACCUCGAGCACGGAGAGGAAGUGGUCACCCUCCGCACAGGUGUUCAUCCGGCACCUGAUUAAAUCGCUCAAACCCCAACACCCCGCACAGAUCGACCCGUAUCUGCUAGGGGUGCAGUAUAUCGUGAAGAAAGUGUAUCCGGAGGUCGACGAUGUGUUUGACGAGGUCGUGCAUCGGUUGCUCGUGGAUAUCGGGGCCGUGGCGCCGUGGCAGGAUGUUACGACCCUCAGAGCGAUGAGUGAGGGGGAGUUGUUUCUGGGGGAUCCUCCAACUACUCGUCGAUCAUCGACACCCCCAUCCCCCAACGCACCACUCGGUCCAGAAGAUUUCUACCCCACCGACCCCGCCCACCACAUCCGGCACGACUUCGGUGACCUCCCCGUGUACGUAAUCGACGACACCAACGCCCAAGAGCUCGACGACGGGAUCAGCGUCGAGCCCCACCCCACUUCCCCGUCUCAAAUCUGGAUCCACAUCCACAUCGCCGACCCCACCUCGCUCCUGCCUCCCACCCACGCAUUAGCGAAGCACGCAGAGAAAAUGACAGAGUCGAUGUAUUUCGUGCAGGGGGCGUGUCCGAUGCUUCCGAGGUCGUUUACCCAUGAUGAGAGGAAGGGGUUCUCGUUGGGGUGUACGGGGGCGGAGCAGAGGACGUUGACGUUUUCGGUUUUGGUGGAUCUGGAAGGGGGAGGGGAGAUUAGGGAGUAUAAAGUAAGAGCGGGGGUGGUGAGGAAUUUCGUGGUGGCGAGUUAUGGGGAGGUGGAUCGGGUGUUGGGGUUUGGGGAGGAGAAGUGGGAAAAACCAUUUGCUCCUUCUUCCUCUUCCUCUUCCCCUCCCCCUCCACCUAAUCCAUCUCCCACACACCUAGAACCCCACGUUCCAAACCUCCGGUCACUCUACACCGCAUCCCAAGCCUUCGUCGCGCGUCGGUUCAAAGACGGUGUGUUCACCCAAUCCAGACCCGUCUCGAAAUUGACUGGAGUCGUGUGGCCUCACACCACCCCCGUCGUUGGGUUCCCUGUUAAUCACGACGAAGGGGGGGUGGAAGCGUAUACGUAUACGGGGUAUCCGUUUUUUUCAACCCCCUCUCCAACCCCCUACCUAUCCCAAUACCAAACCUCCGCCCAACACCUCCUCGACACCCACUCCCGCUCCCUCGUCGCAGAGUGCAUGAAGCUCGCAUCCCGCGCCUGCUCCAUGUUCUGUCGCGACCACUCUAUCCCCAUCCUCCGUCGAUGGGCGGAGCCUCCGGUGCUCGACACCGAGGAGGGGCUGGGGAGGGUGGUGGGUGCGAGGAGGGGUGGGUAUUUGGUUUGGGAGAAUCAACACCCCAAAUCCCACCAAACUAAUGGUGGUGUUGGUGGUAAUAGUGGGGAAAAGGAAAACGGAUACACCAUCCUCGCCACCCACCUCCUCUCCGACUCCACCGCGGGGUACACCCUCGAUCUCCGCGGGCACUGGGGGCUGGGUGUCCCGUCCCACGAGGGGUAUGUGAGGUGCACGAGUCCGUUGAGGAGGUACGCGGAUUUGGUGGUGCAUUGGCAGGUUAAGAGUGCGUUGGUUGGGGUUGCGGCGUGUCGCCCCACCUCUUCCUCCUCUUCCCCAACCCCUUCCCCAACCUCCCCUUCCCUUACUUCCCCUUCCCCAACCUCCCCUUCCCUUACUUCCCCUUCCCCAACCUCCCCCUCCCCUCGUAUCCCCUCCCCCCUCUCUCACCUCAAACUCCCCAACCUCCCCUUCUCCCCCCCCCACCUCCUCGCCUUCGCCACACACAACCAAGCCGCCGAGCGCUUCCGCAAACGCAUCGCGGGGCAGCACGAGGCGUGGUGGGGCGUCGCGUGGCUGAUGCGGUAUUUGGAGGUCGUGCAGAUUUUGGAGGGUGGUGGAAAAGGAGAGAGGGAAGGGAGGUAUAAGUUCACGGCUAGUGCUGUGGUGAGGAAUGAUGAGAAUAAUAAUAAUAAUAAUAAUGGUUUUGGUGUUGGUUCUCCUUCCACCAGUCUCCUCUCCUCCCUACACCCCUCCUCCUCCUUCCCCUUCCCCUUCCCCUUCCCCUCCUCCUCCCUACACUCCUCCUCCUCCCUACUAUCAAACUCAAACUCAACCUCAAUCCUCCAAACAAACCCCUUCCCCACCCUCACCGCCACACUCACCUCCCCCCCGGAGACGAACCGGGACUCCAAGAAGCUCCAGGCGGCGGUGUAUCUCACGCGUUUGGGGAUCAAGGCUGUGUUGACUGAGGGGGGUGGGAGAGGAGGAGGCACACCAUACAACAUCGCCGACCUCCGCGUGGGGGACACCGUCCCCGUUGAGGUGAAUGCGAUGCGGUUGGGGGUGAGGCCGCAGGUGCAGGUGGUUCCGAGGCGGGGGUGA